AGCCGCCGCCGCCGCCGCCGCCACCGCCACCGCACGCCGCGGCCGCCCAUGGCGCAGCGGCAGGUGAGGGAGGGGAAGGGGGAGGGGGAGGAGGAGGAUCGGCUGCGGGGGGCGCUGCGGAGCCUGCAGCAGGAGGCCGGGGUGCUGGAGCGGCUCGUGUACAAGCACCGGAACCAGCACCGCGGCGCCGCCUACUUCCAGUACCUCCUCAGGGUGAGGAGGGACGUCAAGCUGCUCCUCGCCACCGGCCUCGGGGACGUCCUCACCGCCGUCUCCCCCGUCGUCGCCUCCCGCAAGCCGGCCAACACCAUCCUCGUCGUCGGCAGGCCAGCCAGGCAGGGUAAGAAGAAGCCUGGCGCAAAUCAUAGUCACCAUGAGAGGCUUUUGGGUGUCGCACGCUUGUUAUCAGAGAUGGCUGAACCUGUUAUGAAGGGGGCAGUUCAGAUCUCAUUUUUACUUGCAAGAUCAUUUUUUGUUGAUCUUUGCACAGCGGUACUUGCUUUGCUUGCAAGAGUGAGGGUUCUGGUCCAACAGAUGCUACUUGAUGUUGUCUCAAUUUACAACAAGGCUACUGAUCUUAUUGAUAAGAAGCAAUCUGUUAAAAUUAGUAUUGGUGGAGCAGAGGCUUUCAGAGAGUACUAUCCCUCAAGCAAUGAUGCACAUACUUUUCUGGAGUGUAUUUGGGUGAAAGAUAAAUUUAUUUUGCAUGAAAAGACAAAAGAUAACUGUGAGAAAGUCCAAAAUGAUGAUCAAAAUUCAUGUGCUUCCAAAUUAUCAGUCCUGUAUGAAACUCUUGGACAAGUUUCUGAAGAUAUUGAAAAUGCUGAAGGAUGGAACUCUCCCACGAAGCAACCAGAUGCCAUCCUAGCAAACCAACCAGAGACAACCCAUCUUCAUCAUGAAGAAGAUUCUCAAAGUAGUAGGCAAUUGGUGAAUGACAACGGUUCUGAUUCUCUUUCAGAUCCGCUUGCUACUAAUGUGCAUUUAACUCCAUGCCCUGAUGUCAAACCUGAGACGAAGAAGAGAGUUGCAUUCAUCGCAGUUGGAAAUUCGAAAGUCACUGCUAGUUCAAUUGGAACAACUUCAACUAAGAAGCAAAGACUAGAUGUGAUUCCGCACGCCACUGCAGAACCUGAAGAUCUAUAUGGCAAAUUUUCUGAGGAUACAGACAAAUCCAUAUUUUAGGUUGUUUUGCACUGCAGCUGACCACUGAAAUACUUCUCAGCUGUCUAAACAUGAAAAGAACAAUCAAUACAAAAGAUGGAUCGGUGCAGGCGUGCAGCUCAAGAUAGGGUAAAAAUCUGAGGCAACUUCUACUGUAGCGCUAGGAGGAUCGGUUCUUCUGGAGAUGCCCACUGUUUCUCUUGCUAAAUCAUUACUGUCGAGGAUAGGGUAAUGAUUUGUUUUGUGAAGUGUUCAUUGUAUUCUGGGCUGCAAUAUUGUUUUGUCAUCCAUUUUCAGGAGUAAAAUUUUCACAUAGAUAAUUUAGUUUGCCCAUAAUAUGUUUAAUUCAUGUAUUAAUGCAUUCAUUCUUUUGGUUUGAUGCUGACCGCACUCCAUUUGUGGAGCGAACUUAGAGCAAUUCCAACUAUCUCUAAAUCUCAGUGUCCAUUUGCCCAUAAUUUG